AUGAAAACUCGCAAGCUGAGAUUGUCAUUGAGUCUUUUCUCCGUUUUAUUCCUCGCCCUGUCUCUAGCAUGGGGCGCAUAUAGUGCGCAGCUGCCGUUGAGUGGGAGUCCGGGCCUAGCAAACCUCCCAGAUCUGUACGAAGCGUCUAUUGCCGAGCUGCAAGCGGGACUUGAGCAAGGGCACUUCACCAGUGUCGAUUUGGUGACGGCUUAUCUCGCGAGGAUUGAGGAAGUGAACCUCCAAGGACCCGCGCUACGAGCGAUCAUCGAAACAAACUCGAUGGCAUUGGCGAUAGCUCGCGCACUUGACGUUGAGCGGUAUGCUUCUGGGCCCCGAGGCCCACUCCACGGCAUUCCCAUAAUUGUCAAAGACAACAUCGCGACGGUCGCAGGCGAAGGAAUGAACACGACCGCUGGGUCUUUCGCUCUGUUCAACUCGGUGGUGCCUAGAGACGCCCACGUGGUGACCAAGCUGCGGGCCGCGGGAGCUAUCAUCCUGGGCAAGGCGAACCUCUCCGAAUGGUCGCACGCACGUGGGGACCUGCCUUCUGGGUGGUCCGCCCGAGGUGGGCAAUGCUCAAGCCCAUACGUCCCGCAAGGUGAUCCUUCCGGCUCGAGUUCUGGGAGUGCUGUCUCCACCGCCAUCGGUCUCGCUGCAGCUGCUCUGGGCACGGAGACCGAUGGGUCGAUCGUUUUCCCUUGCAGCAGGGGCAAUCUGGUUGGAAUAAAGCCUACCGUAGGGUUGACAUCGAGGGCUGGAGUCAUUCCCAUAUCCUCGCACCAGGACACGGUGGGGCCGAUGGCCCGCUCGGUAGCAGAUGCAGCAGUACUCCUCUCCGCACUCGCCGGCCAAGAUGAGCGCGACAACUAUACGCUCGCGCAGCCCUCCGUAGUGCCAGACUAUACACUCGCCCUUAAGCGGGACGGACUGAAGGGUGUGCGUCUUGGCGUGCCUCGGCGGCGGCUUGCGGGGUUGAACGAGGCUGUGGCGGUCGCCUUCAAUGCCUCUCUCGACACGAUGCGAAGACUGGGUGCUACCAUUGUGGAUCCGGCCGAGCUUGUCAAUCACGAGGAGUUCGAAAUGUACAGCAAAUCCAACGAAACAGCUGUGAUGCGCACUGACCUCAAGGUGGAUCUCAAACGCUACAUCGCUGGAUUGCUUGCGGUACCUUCGGGCGUGAAGGACCUUGCUGACCUGGUUGCGUAUAAUAUUGCACACGCAGAUGAGGAGCUGGUUGAACCGUACUGGACGGAUCAAUCUGUACUAACCUCCGCGCUGAAUGCCACAGUCGACCAGGAUUACUUCGACGCGAUAGUGAUGAACAGGGACAUCGGAGGCAAGCGAGGGAUUGACGCGACGCUGCGAACACUCAAUCUUAGCGCCCUCAUUAUGCCAAGCAUGGUGGCUUCUACGCCUGCGUCCGUCGCUGGCUAUCCCAUUGUAGCGGUGCCGCUUGGAUUCCUCCCUGCUACUGCGAUACUCUCGCCUGCGACCCCAGUCCGCGACGUUGGCCCGAACCAGCCUUUUGGGCUCUCCUUCGUGGGGACGGCCUUCAGCGAAUUUGACCUGAUCUCGUACGCGUAUGCGUACGAGCAGGCGACUCAUACCCGUUUGAAAAUGCGCGCUUACCCCGACGCAAUCCCCAAAACUCAGCUGGUGGAUGUCGUGGGGAAGCGGCGUCAAGCUGUCCUUGAAUGA